ACCUGAACAGAUGGCAUGUAUAUAAAUAUAUUGUUUUAUGAGUAUCCACGUUUUCUAGGAUGCAACAAUCUCAUCUUUCAUUUUCGUAGAGGAGAACCAUGACUCAUAUUGAUUCAAGCGCGGUCCAAAUUCCCACUAGGGUUGAGGGCAAAUUUAAGGCCUCUGUCGUAUGUUGGUUUCUUGGAUUAGGCGGUCUUGUCGCAUGGAAUAGUAUGUUAACAAUUCAAGAUUAUUACUAUGAGUUGUUCCCACGCUAUCAUCCCUCUAGGGUGCUUACCUUAGUUUAUCAGCCAUUUGCAUUUGGAACGAUGGUAGUACUUGCUUACUACGAGGCGACGACGGAUACAAGGAGGCGAAUCUUGUAUGGAUACAUCAUUUUCUUCUUAAGCACAUUAGGACUUAUACUGAUAGAUUUAGGAACGUUAGGGAGAGGAGGGAUCGGGGAUUAUAUCGGGAUAUGUGUUUUCGUUGCUGCUUUUGGAGUAGCAGAUGCCUGUGUCCAAGGAGGGAUGGUUGGAGAUUUGUCUUUCAUGCAUCCUGACUUCGUGCAGUCAUUCUUUGCUGGUUUGGCUGCUUCUGGAGCCCUAACAUCUGGCUUGAGGCUAGUUACAAAAGCGGUUUUUGACAAAAGUGAUCAUGGUCUUCGUAAGGGUGUUAUUCUAUUCCUCUCUCUCUCAACAUUGUUUGAAUUUGUUUGCAUAUUCCUAUAUGCAUACGUCUUUGGGAAACUUCCGAUUGUGAAGCACUUCCGUAAGAAGGCAGCUUUGGAAGGUUCCAAAACAGUUACAUCUGAUCUUGCUGCUGCUGGGAUCCAUACCGAAUAUAAUGAAAAAAUUACUGAUGCUAAACACGAGCGCUUAAGCAACAAGGAGUUGUUACUUGAGAAUAGAGAUCAUGCCUUCAACCUCUGGUUUAUAUACGCACUUACAUUAUCAAUCUUCCCUGGAUUCUUAUACGAAAACACCGGUGAACACCAACUAGGCUCUUGGUAUGCUGUUGUCCUGGUGGCAUGCUACAAUGUUUGGGAUCUGAUUGGAAGAUACGUCCCUCUCGUUGAAUCCAUCAGAUUGGAAUCUCGAAAGGGUCUCAUCGUUGCAUGUGUGUCGCGUAUUCUGCUCAUUCCUUGCUUCUAUUUCACUGCCAAGUAUGGAGACCAAGGAUGGAUGAUCAUGCUAGUCUCGAUUCUGGGACUAACAAAUGGCUAUCUCACAGUUUGUGUACUCACGGUUGCUCCGAGGGGCUAUACGGCACCGGAGCAGAACGCGUUGGGUAAUCUGCUAGUUGUAUUUCUUCUUGGUGGUAUAUUUGCAGGCGUCGUUCUCGACUGGUUGUGGCUUAUCAACAACGCGUCGUUUUGAGGAACGACGACGUCGUUUGCUCAUUUACAGUGGGGAGCUACUGGUUUUAUUUCUUCUUUUUCCUGGAAGUGGAUACAAAUAAUUGGUGUUUCUUCUUUUUAUGCAAUUUCAGGGGGAUAGAAUCCAGUUUUCAUGAUUUCGGAAACAAAAGUUAAUAAUUGUAAUGCAAAGAAAAUUGAGUGGGACUCAGAGAUUGCGAAGCCAGUAUUGCCCAAAGAAAUAAAUAAAAGUUUGGUCUCA